AUGCCUCGUAUUGAAAACGAGACAAGCGGUGCUAAACCUUUUUGUAAACAAAAUGUCGGAGGGGAAAUGCGAAGAAACUUUGAUGUUUGCCAUUUAUCAUAUUUGUUUGAAGUGUCUGGAUAUACUGUAACAAAUACUUUUCAAACGUGGGUAAAUUAUAUAUAUUGUGUAGAGUUUAAAAUUGCAGUGCCUUCAUCUUUAUAUUUACACAAAAUGAUGUACUCAGAAUACAAAAGUCACACCACCGUUAAAGUACUUGUUGGCAUUGCUCCUGGUGGAAGUUUCACAUUUAUAUCGAGUGCCUACCCCGAACUUUGGCAGGCAGGAGAUGCUAUUAUGGCUGAUCGAGGUUUUUUGAUAGAGGACUAUGUAACACCUCUUAGUGUGGAAUUAAUUAUGCCAUCAUUUUUGAAAGGACGCGAGCAAUUUUCAGAGUCUGAAGUAGUCAAAAGUCAACAAAUAGCAUCAGAAAGAAUUCAUGUGGAAAAAAUGAUUCAACGACUCAAAUGUUUUCGAAUAUUCGAUCGAGUUAUUCCAGUAAACAUGUUGAACUCCCUGAAUCAAAUUAUUUCGGUAUGUGGUAUUCUCACAAAUUUUCAAGACCCUAUUUUAAAGUAA